GCGGCGUCCCCGGCGCGCACGCGACGAUGACGCCCCGGGCUGGCCGCAGAGCCCAUUGGCUGCCUCCCGCGAUCACCUGAGGGUCCCGUUCCCCCAGCAGCUCUCCAGCGGAUUGGCUCGCCGCGUCAGGCCGCGCCGCCAGGCGGGAGGCCCCCCCGGCCGCCGGCGCGAGGCGGUUGGCGGAGGAAGCCGCCGCUCUCCCGCCGCCCCGCCCCGCGGGCAGCAAGGAGUCCCGCCCCCCCCCCCCCCCGCUGUGCCGCGCUUCGGGCUUCGCCGCGUCGGGAUGAGCCGCGUUUUCCCAUGGACACCAAACGGGCCGAGAUCCCCAGCAGCGUCUUGGACGACCUGUGCAGCCGAUUUAUUUUGCACAUUCCAAGUGAAGAAAGAGACAAUGCAAUCAGAGUGUGUUUUCAGAUUGAACUUGCCCAUUGGUUUUACUUGGAUUUCUACAUGCAGAACACACCAGGAUUACCUCAGUGUGGGAUAAGAGACUUUGCUAAAGCUGUCUUCAGUCACUGUCCUUUUUUACUGCCUCAAGGUGAAGAUGUACAAAAGGUUUUAGAUGAGUGGAAAGAAUACAAAAUGGGAGUGCCAACCUAUGGUGCAAUUAUUCUUGAUGAGACACUUGAAAAUGUUCUUUUGGUUCAGGGCUAUUUAGCAAAGUCUGGUUGGGGAUUUCCAAAAGGGAAAGUAAAUAAAGAAGAGGCUCCUCAUGACUGUGCUGCUAGAGAGGUGUUUGAAGAAACUGGGUUUGACAUAAAAGAGUAUAUUUGCAAAGAAGAAUACAUUGAGCUGCAUAUUAAUGAUCAAUUAGCACGGCUGUACAUCAUUCCAGGAGUUCCCAAGAACACAAAAUUCAACCCCAAAACUAGAAGGGAAAUUCGGAAUAUUGAGUGGUUUUCCAUCAACAAAUUACCUUGCCACAGAAAUGACAUGACCCCGAAGUCUAAGCUGGGUUUGGCACCUAACAAAUUUUUUAUGGCAAUUCCCUUCAUCAGGCCAUUGAGGGAAUGGAUUUCCCGAAAGAGUGGAGAUUCCUCAGAUAGCGACAAUGGAUUUUCAUCUGCAUUGAACACACCCUCUAAGCCCAACUGGGAAAAAGCUAGAUCCAAACUUCGCUGUAGUCAUCACGUGUUUACAGAUGGCUUUUCAGGAGAGCAGUGGGUGAAGCCAAAACAGCCACAGAAGCCAUAUAAUCAUCCUGAGAUGUCUGAAGUUUUGAAAAUAAAGGGUCAGACCUUGAGGAGCAAUGGCAGAAAGCAGUAUCAAGACACUUUUAGCCAAAAGAAGCGAACAAAUGGAGUCCACAAUCAACCAGUUAAGCAAAACUAUACCUUGAAAUGUGAAAAAAGGCUUCAUCCAAGAAGACUUCAAGAUAACUUUGAAACAGCAGAUGCAGCAUAUGACAUGUAUUGCUUCAGUGAAGACCCACUGCCAGAACAUGUAGAGGGACAUCCUGUGGCAUGGAAUGGCCAUUACAAAUUUGCUUUCUCAUCAAGAGCUUUCUUGAGUUUCAAGUUUGACCAUGAUGCCAUAAUGAAAAGUUUUGACCUCUGACAGCAAAGUUAAUAGGAACAAAAAUAAGACUUGCCUGUUGCAAUUGAGGGGGUUUCUUAUCCAGCCUUACUCUUUCUCAGGAGUUUUUUUGUUUUGUUUUGUUUGUUUUUAAAUGCAAUGCAGGGACUGACUGGUGGUUUGGAAGGGUUUGUUCUUUUUGCAGUAUGGCAGUGGCACAGUCAAGUGUUGCACUUUAAAUGCAGUACAGCCUUUUUCCACAAAAGUACCUUUCCAGUGUUCAGUUCACUUGUUCCUAGCUGUGCAUUAGAGGGCAUUCUUUUUCCUUUGUUUUUUUAUUAACUUGCUGUGUGUUUUGUAGAAUGUCAUUGACUUUUUUUUAACUGUUGGAGUAUACCUGCUUGCUAAACUUCAACUGCUCUGAUGUAAAUUAUUGGACUUGUUAGUCAUUAUUGCAUAGUACAUUGCAAUAUUACAGCAGUGGCAAUGAAACUGAUACUCAGAGGACUCCUCUGUCCUAGUGAUUUUGAAACCAAGUUGCACAUUUCAAACCGAGCCUCAGCCUGUCAUCCUUUGUGUGUCCUGGUUGCUUCCCCAAAAUACCUUCCCUCCUUCACACUGAAAGUUUCUGUUGGCUGGCGAUCAGUAGUACUUGGAGUCAAAUCUCUAGCAUGUUGACUUCUUGUACCCACUCUGCCUCUGUCUUCAGUAAGGAUACACAAACUGGGUAGAACUUAGCCAUUCAAAGUGUCUAGCUCGAACUCUUAUGCAGUGUCCCCAGCUGCAUAAGAAGUUGCAAAGUUUUGUGUUAGCCCAGUUGCAGCUGCUUUCAGAAAGGAAAAGCUUAAACUUGUCUGUGAGAGGUUACUCGUGUAGAAUUUAUACUGAAUGUAAAUAGGCCUCUAGAUCUCGCUGAGGAGGAAGGCAGGUGCAUGGAUAAUAGAGUCAUUGUGUGACACUAAACGGCUUAAUCAGGCUUGCAAUAACUAUUCUAAGGGUGUCCAGUAUUGUAUUCUGUGCUGUUGUCCUCAAAUCUCUUGUGUAGUGUAUGCUCUGUAUAUAUCCAGUAGUACUGAAUUGCACUUGCAGUUAGCAUUUAAAUGAUGUAGCCUCAGUUGUUUUCAGCUACAAUGCUUUCUUAGUAAAAAUAUCAAAAAUUGGGGGGGGGCAGGGGGGAAAAACAGUAAGAGUUGAGGUGACGAACUGUUAAAUCACCUUCAUGUUUCACAUUAAGGGGUUUUGAACACGUGCUUUGCAGUUAAGAGAAAUGCACUGAAAUAACUUGUCACAGCAGCUUGUGGCAGCAAGCAUGUUGUCCCAUUUAAAAAUGGAUUUUUCUCUAAAAUAAAGGUAAUUGGUAAUUUCAUAGGUUGAAUGAACUAUGCCCUUGUCUCAUCACAGUGUAUGCUCAUGCACUGGGUCUUUAUGCAACUCGUGUCAUCCAAAACCAAAAUCCUGGUCUUCCUUCAACCACCCUACUUCAUCUACCCUACCUGAUCUGUUACUUAGUGCUUUUCCUCAGAAAUAGCUUUAGAACCAUCUCCUGUUUUAUUUACCUGUCUGGCACCAGGUAGGGACUAUAAUGCUGUAAUAGUCUUGGUGAUGGGAACGCUGGACUUCUUAUCAGUCAACAGGAGAAACAGACUGCAGCAUUUCCUCCUUCUGGAGGGCAAGAGUCCUGAGGGCCUUGUCUUUCAAGACCAAAUUGUGAAAUAGCUCUACCUAGCUUUGUCUCACUUUGUUUUAAAAAAAAAAAAAAAAAAAAAAGUAUCCAAAGGCUGUUCAAAACAGUAAAUGGUGAAGAACAGUAAUUGAGAAGGUGGGAUAAUGCUGGAGGAGGUUAUGUUACUCAGCUUCAGGUGAAAACUAAUCUUUAGUUACUUCUUUAGUUUAAGUAGUUGAUUUCCCAGCAAAAGUGCCUUUACUCAUGGUGAGGCAGAAUCUUCUAUUUGGAUCUUGAGGCUGCUACUGCCGGUGGAGUUAACAAGACUCUCCUAAGGCAUGAUUAAAUACCAGGCUGUGGAAAUCUUUAAGUUGAUGUUUCAAAUAAAUUACAGUUGUAUUUCAUCUAAUGCUCUGUGAAAUAAGGGGGAUAUUGAUGAAACAGUGAACUUGCAGCUUCUGUCAACUGUUUGGGAAAUCAUGUCCCAGACAGAGGAAGUCUUUAGAAUGAAGCAAGUGUGUCCUAUGAACAGGAGGUGCUAGCUGCCCUCUGUAUUCACUGGGUCAUUUUUUUCUUCUUAGUGAAAGGUUGGUUCAGUGUUAAGAGAAAUUGGUUCCUUCAUUAAGCAACCCAAAAUGGGGCUUAUACAUAUGUCAUGAUUUUAGUAAACCUAGCCUUAAUGUGAGUUGCAAAUAAAUGUGAUAAAUAUGCAAUAACUUACUUCUAUGUAUAAGGGUACUGUUUCUUGUAGUAGCAUUGCUUUCUGCUUUCUCAGUAAGGUUUCUAAAACAAUGUACGUGUGGUGGCAUGUGAUCUAUCUACCUUAUGGGUUCCACCGUGCCCUGCACUGUGAACAUUUUGAAUCGUUUACUAUUGUUUAUGUUCUUAUUUCACCAUUCUUUUAUAAUUAAGUAUAUUUCUAAGUUUAGAAAUACAGUUUACAUUAUCUUCUGUAAAACAGUGAAGAAAUAACAAGUGAGAUACAGAAUUUAGUUCCUUGAAUUUUUAUUUUAUGGGAGCUAGACACAGAGAAACAAGUAACUGUUUGCAUGUCAGACUCAAGAGCUGAUGUUAAGAUACUUGAAAAACAAACAUUGCUCAAUUUGAGAAUGCUUGCCUGUAAGGGGUUAUUCAGAUUAUGAAUGGUCAUUCAAUGUUCUUGAAAUUUAAGAACUCACGGAAUAAAUGAACAUUUAACAAAGAAACCUACAAAUAUCUGGGUGCUGGGAAUCUAGUACUAGUCUGCAGUUUCUAGUACUACAUAAACUCCCUGCUUUAGUGUGAAAUUUUUAGUAUCUCUCCUUCACAGAAUGCUCUGAACUUUGAAUUCUGAAGAGUGAUCUGCCUAACUGAAUGGCAUAUGUUCUGUGCUGAAAUGCUAUUAACAUCAACUCCUUGUACAUGCAUGCUUUUCAAAGUAGCUGUGUCUUACAUAGUUUGAAGUCUGGAAAUGGUACUGGGAAGAAGAGGGGAAAUAGCUUCAUUUAUUGCACAAUCAAAGUAUUUUCUUUAACACAAUAUAAGUUGUUUAGACAAACCUUGCAUAAAUAGUUUCUAACAAAAUUUUGGGCCUAGUGACUGUUCCAGGCUUCUGUGCUGUGCUCCAGCCUUCCUGAUUUAAUUUGGUGAUUUGAGAACAAUAUUUACUGUGUUUUUCCUUCACAUACCUUUCUAGGUGUUCCUUUCUAAAACAAGGCAGGCUUUGCGUCUGGCUAUUCCUAACAGACUUGCUCUCAGAUUGUAAUUUCAGAUACAAAAUUAUUUUUUUCCGAUUUUUACUUUCUGUAGUAGAGUUGCUUUUGUUGAUUUGCAGUUUAUAGCAGCACUCAUGUCAUUCUGGUAUGAAAAGCAAGAGUCUACAUGAAGAAUCCAAGCUCUGAUAUCCUCUGGUGCAAGACAGCACUGCUGCUCCACGGGUGACUGGCUGUCCAGUUGUUGGGUCAGUGGGCUGUUUAAUCCUCAGCUAUCCGUUUUUUAUAAAUUCUGAGCAAGAGAGUUUUUUCCAGAGGUAAAGUCAGGUGCCUUCAUCUUUUAAAUCAGAAGUUAUACUCAAAAUGUGUUAGGAAGCUCAAAAUUAUUGAGAACUGGUAGAAUAGCCUCUCUUGUUGAUUUAAAUCAGCUUAUUUACAGAAAUUGUCUUGCACUGUAAAUGUUAGAUAAUCUGGUGCUUAUAUAUGACUUCAUAAUUUCAGAUUGUUUUUGUUAUUGCAGUGUUGAAGCUUUUGAAGCAACCAAAAUUAUUAAGAUAUGGUCAAUUUCUACAGACUAACUGAAGGUGCUUUUACAGUAAAUUAGGCUUGGAAAUGUCACUACUCUUGCAUAAUAGGUUUUUGUUCUUAUGCAUUUAUAGCAAUAGUGUAGUUCAAGAAUGAAAGUAGGCUAAAUGCUAGUAUUUGCACUGUUCUUAAUCCUGUAUAUAAGCACUGAUAGAUGCAGUAGGAUUUGUGCUGUGUGUGCAUUUCACAGUAGAUCAUGAACUUAAAAGGAAGACAACAUAUGUAGCAAUUACGUUGGCCAUAUUCAAGAUCAUACAAGAGGAAUUAUUCUGGUUUAGUAAUCAUCAAAAUUUCACAGGGUACAGAAUGUUUAAAUUUGAAUAGGUCCACUAUGAAAUUUAUUGAAAACACUGAGUAUUUUGUCAUUGUUAAGCAUUUAUAUUGUUGAUCAGAAGAACUAGCUUCUAGUUUCGAUUAUGGGUUACAGUUCAGUGCCUUUAAGAAAAUGAUUACAGCUCAUGGAGCAUUAAUCAUUUUAAAACAAGGCACUUACAGCUUUUUUAAGAAUAUAGAUCCUGCAAACUCAGUUCUCUACAACACACUUUCCACUGUGAGAAAAAAACUUACUUUGCAAAUUUUUUUAAGCAUGUUUAAGCAAAAUUACUAAACUAGGGAGAUGAACCAUUUGUAUCUUGCUGGUUGGGUAUGUAUUUUUGUUAUGCAGGAAAAGUAUGCAAAACUGCAUGAUUAAGAGCUCUCGGCAAAUACUUCUCAAGCCUAUACUUAAAACAGGAUCCUUAAGUAACUUUACUAUGUCUGCAUGGCACUGCAGUAUAUGGAAGCUGUAGUUCAGCCCUGAGAAGCAGUUUAGCUGGGUUUGCAAGGCACUUUAACAUUAAAAAGCAAAACAGACUCCACAGAAGAAGGUGGGUUCAUUAGUUUUGGCAUAAUGCUAGAUUUCUGUAGGUGUUCCAGGACCCAGGCUGACUCAGGUAUUGCUGCCCAAAGAUAACACUUUUCUGUGCAGCAUUGCAUGCCUCGCAGAAAAUAGGGAGCCAGUUUUCUAUUAUAUGGCUCAUGCAUGAAGGGUUAUGUCUUCCUCCUGUUUGUUUAAAGCUCAAGAACUUGGUCUGUUUUCCUCACUGGUAUGUAAGUGGCAUAUCGGUGCUAAUUAAGCAGGAAGUAUGUACAGCUAAUAGGGUUAAAACCAUGUAAAGUUACAGAUUUUGUUCAAUUUCCAUUAUGUUAUCUUGAAGAAAGUUUGCAUUGGUCAGCUCUUCAAUUUUAGUAAAUAAAAUCUGUAACUACCUGUAACAUGCUGUACUGAUGAUUGUGAUUUUGUUAUUCACUGAUGCAGAAACUGAAGCACACCAUUUAAGAGGCUAUGACUAAACUGACUAUCUUCUAUACUGUAAUUUUUCUCUGUAAAAUUAAAUGACUUGUGUAUAAACUUACUGAAGUACUGAAGUAUGAAUAUAAGCAUUGCUGAUCAGUGUGAAAUGUAAAGCCUGUGCUGUGGGUACAGGUUAUUCAUUCACUGUAGAAUGUUUAAAUGUUGCCUUAAGCCAAUCAGCAGCACUGAUUAUAUAUAGUUCCAGGAACAGAAGUAUUAUUUUUUCAAGUCAAUUGUAAAGGUGGACAAGGGGCCCAUUGAACACAAUGGAAAGCAAAAAAAUUUUUUCUAAAAGGUGUUAGAUGUACUGGAGAAAGGAAGUAUGUGAACUUCAAUCAGUGCUCUUGAAGUAUUUAUGAAAUAGCAUUUUUUCUUUUUUUUUGUCCAUGUAACUUCUUAUUAAAAGAACUGGAUGUGUGGAAA